GCUUUGUAUGUCGUCUGCCGGGCAGCAGGUAGUCAGUUGUCAGGCGUCCUACUGAGCGCUCGAAAAUCUAAACACUAGUUCAGUGCAAGCGCAAGAGCGCUGUGGAUGUCCAGGAAAUUUAACUCGUUUUUAAGACCUCGAAUGAAAACAGUGAAUUUAGAAUUUAUUAUCGUCACCUCGUGAUGUAUCGCGGUGAUUGAAGUGCCCCUUUUUAAUAUUUAUUUUCAUACGAGCGGAACUGCAUUUUCAACAAUGAACAUUGAACUAUUGCUGAAGGUGUGCUGCUGGAGCGCCGCGCUGGCGCUGGUGGGCGGAUCGGCCAGCCCCUGUCGAGGGCCGGCGGAGGGCACACGCCUCAAGUACGUGUGGGGCGACGCGCUCACCGACCACCCGGACUGCAGGGGGCCCACAGGGCAGGCAUACCCCAUCUCUGCGGUGACGCGCGCCUUUCGCGGCUCUUCGCGGUCUGGACGCGCCGCCUUCGGCCCACUCGACCCGCAGGUGACGCGGAGGGCGCUGUUGCAGGCGCACGAAGCAGCCAGCAACGUCUCCAUGCGAGCGGGGCGGGCUGACACUGGGAGCUGCAGCAGUAUGGGAAGCUCAAGUUCUCGACUGUGUCGCACACGAUACAACACGACAGCACCGAUGUAUGGUGUCAGUCUCACCUCAGGACAGCCUGUUACUAUUGUGCAGAAGUUUCCAGAUCUUCUCCAACAGGUUGUCUUCGAAGUGUGCGAUGCAAGUGAAUGUGAAGUGGUUCGGGGAGAAUGUACACAGACCUAUGUGCCAUACUUAUUUCUUGUGAUACCUCUCGGCCCUGUGACAUUGACUGGGCAAGACUAUGUACUAGUGGAGAGUGGGUGUGUGUGCAAACCAAAAUUCAGUGCUAAUUCAAUAGAGCAUCAGCCACCAGAUAUAUCUGCACUACCACCGCUUCUUUAGAAGCAACAAGUGCCUUUAAGAGGACACAUGUGUCAUAGAGGUACUUAAUGAUACAAAACUCUGUAUAUUGUGAGUUGAGCUAAAGGAAGUAACAUGUCAUGACAGACCAUUUUGUACUAAGAGACAAGAUUUUAUCUGUGUUGUAUAUCUAUAUCUUUGCCUACUUUAUGGCAUGUAAGAUACAGUUAAUGUGAUUGUACCAGAGAUAUCAGUGACCUAUUUCUGUUUGAAACUGAUGAAUGCCAAUAAAAUAAAAUUUAGAAACAGUGAAGAUCUGAACCUGACUUAUUAACAUUUCAAUUGGGCAGUUACUUUCAAAUAGUAAUACUUUCAGUCUGUAUCAACAAAUUAUGUAAUAACAUUUGAGUUGCUUAAUGUGACCAAAAUGCUGAAUUAUAGCUGGGGAAAAAUAUGUUUAAAGUAUUUUAAUUAUGUAAAUUCUAAUAGAUGACUUUCAUCAUUCAUUCUUCGAUUAUGUGAUAUUUUAUUCAAUGUUAACGCUUUUCUUUAUUCUUUAAGAUAUGUAUUCCUGAGAACAGUCAACAUUUAUGUUGUAAAGUACUUAAGAGAAUGAGUGUGCAGAUAAACGCUUCUGGCUACAAUCAAACAUUGAACCUCUUGUCAGCAGAUAGUGACCAAACCCCUUAGACUAUGCUCGGUUCGUUAUUCUUCACAUGUAUAUGUAGCCAUAUCCUGCAUUUUAGUCAUCAGAAGACAGCCUCAAAUUGUACUUUUAAGGAUGGUAAUUUAAAGAAAUGAAUAUUCCAGCUUAUUUUAACCAAUGAAGCACAAGUACAACUUACAAUUGCCAAGAGCUGAUUUGGUAUAAGGAUAAUUGCUGGUAGUAUGUAUAUUGAAGAUGUUCUUAUCUGUAUUUAUGUCAGUAAUUUUAAGAACUAUAUUGUUUUCAAACCUGUAUAUUUUUUUCACUGCCCUUGAGUUAUUUUAGGCACUAUUACAUGUAACUGUUCAUGGCAUUUUGUUUGUAAUGUAAUAAUGAUGUGGAACAACUUCCAGUAACAUGAUUAUUUUGAACGUACAUAACAUAUAUCAAUUAUUAUUUAUAUAUGUAAUGACUAUUAAAAUGUGUAUGUCUUAUUGUAACUGUGAUUUAAGAAUAUGUACAUAUAUUUCUUUUAAAUUAAA